AUGAACAUCACACUGAUUUUAGGAAAACGUGGAAUAUUAAAAGAGGACUGCUGGAACUAUAAAGGCUUGUUUGGGGUUCAGGACAUCGCUACAAGAUUCGUGAGAAAGUCGCUUGAUUGCUACGCAACAAAAUGUUUGGGAGAUGAAAAAAAUGACGAUGGCGACGAUGAUGGCGACGAUGACGAUGGUGACGAUCAUGAUGACGAUGGCGACGAUCAUGAUGACGAUGGCGACGAUCAUGAUGACGAUGGCGACGAUCAUGAUGAAGAUGGCGAGAUCAUGAUGAACGAUGGGCGAGAUCAUGAUGGCGGAUGCGACGAUCAUGUGGCGAUGGCGACGAUGGAGAUGGCGAUGGGACGAUGGCGAUUGGCGAUGGCGACGAUCAUGAUGACGAUGGCGACGAGAGUAUGGCAGACGAUGACGAAUGGGACGAUGACGUGGCGACGAUGA